GGCUACCGCCAUUCAGAACCCGCUCAAGUCGCGAGGACUUCUACCGUGAGGCCAUCGAGCACUGCCGCAGCUACAACGCGCGCCUGUGCGCCGAGCGCAGCCUGCGCCUGCCCUUCCUCGACUCGCAGACCGGCGUUGCUCAGAACAACUGCUACAUCUGGAUGGAGAAGACCCACCGCGGGCCAGGUUUGGCCCCAGGACAGAUCUAUACUUAUCCUGCCCGCUGUUGGCGAAAGAAGCGGAGACUCAACAUCCUGGAGGACCCCAGACUCAGGCCCUGCGAGUACAAGAUCGAUUGUGAGGCACCAUUGAAGAAAGAGGGUGGUCUCCCGGAAGGGCCAGUCCUCGAGGCUCUGCUGUGUGCUGAGACUGGGGAGAAGAAGGUGGAGCUGAAGGAGGAGGAGACUAUUAUGGACUGUCAGAAACAGCAGUUGCUGGAGUUUCCGCAUGAUCUUGAGGUGGAAGACUUGGAGGAUGACAUUCCUAGGAGGAAGAACAGGGCCAAAGGAAAGGCAUACGGCAUCGGGGGUCUCCGGAAACGCCAGGACACUGCUUCCUUGGAGGACCGAGACAAGCCGUAUGUCUGUGAUAUCUGUGGGAAGCGGUAUAAGAACCGGCCAGGGCUCAGCUACCACUACACCCACACCCACCUGGCUGAGGAGGAGGGGGAGGAGCACGCCGAGCGCCACGCCCUGCCCUUCCACCGGAAAAACAACCACAAACAGUUUUACAAAGAAUUGGCCUGGGUCCCCGAGGCACAAAGGAAGCACACAGCCAAGAAGGCACCUGACGGCACUGUCAUCCCUAAUGGCUACUGUGACUUCUGCCUGGGUGGCUCCAAGAAGACGGGGUGUCCCGAGGACCUCAUCUCUUGUGCAGACUGUGGCCGAUCAGGACACCCCUCGUGUUUACAGUUCACGGUGAACAUGACAGCUGCUGUGCGGACCUACCGCUGGCAGUGUAUUGAGUGCAAGUCCUGCAGCCUAUGUGGCACCUCGGAGAAUGACGACCAGCUGCUGUUUUGUGACGACUGUGAUCGGGGUUACCACAUGUACUGCCUGAGUCCCCCCAUGGCGGAGCCCCCAGAAGGGAGUUGGAGUUGCCACCUCUGCCUGCGGCACUUGAAAGAAAAGGCCUCUGCCUACAUCACCCUCACCUAGGCCUGGCUCUGCUUCUCCUGGACCUGGACCUGGACCUGGACCCCUCCGGGUGGUGCUUGCCCUCUGCCUAUCAGAGCUCCUCUUUUCCACCUUCAUACCCAGCAGCAGGAGGAGGGCGAAGCCUAGAGAGGGCAGGGCUGCCAUCCCUUCUGCAGGUGGAAUGUUAGCCCUGCAGGCUGGGGCCCAGCACUGCCCCUCUCCCUCGUGCCCUCCUUCCCUUCCCCAUCCCUUGGCAAAUGGGCACCAGGGGCUUCCACUCCCCUCAAAGCCAUACCCCGCCUCUUGGCGGGCACAGGGGGGUAGUGGAUGCCAACCUGGGGCAUGGACAGAGCCUUUUUCUAAAGAAAAAGACAAAAAGUUAAAAAAAAAA